CCGCCCCUUUUGAAGCUUACACACUUCCUUCAUCACACACACCACAGUUCAGCCAUGCACAGAGGCUGUUGCCUUUCAGGAAUCUAAUAAACUUUGAAUCCUCGUACAAAAUUCAGGACGCCUGCUGCUACCAGCGAGUGUGUUUUCUUCCCCGUGUCACCCGCUGAGACCGCAGCCAUCACUCCGGCAUGCUGUCACUUUUUUCUGCGGAACAAGUUUUACACGCUGGCGUAAUUUGUUUCCAGUCAAGAUAGUUUUGUCGCAGCGCAACGCUGUGAGUGGCGGACGGACUGAAACGGGCUGGAGCCACUGACCCGGGUUAAACAAAACGCUAUAGAUGAAUAACAACUCGGCCAACUCCAGAACCGGAACCAGUAUGUCGGGUAUAACAGGAAGCACAGCAAACUACCUGUGGUCUAUGCAUGACGUCCUCGGGCAGGGGGCCACUGCCAGCGUCUACAAAGCGCGCAACAAGAGAUCAGGCGAGCUGGUGGCUGUGAAAGUGUUCAACGUGCUGAGCUACAGCCGCCCCCAUGAUGUCCAGAUGAGAGAGUUCGAGAUGCUCAGGAAGCUCAACCACAGCAACAUUGUGAGGCUGUUUGCUGUCGAGGAGCUGCAAACAAAGCAGAAGGUCCUGGUGAUGGAGUAUUGUUCAGGAGGGAGUCUGCUCAACCUGCUCGAGGACCCAGAAAACGCCUUUGGCUUGCCUGAAGCAGAGUUCCUCACUGUCUUGCAGUGCAUAGUGCAGGGUAUGAAUCAUCUGCGGGAAUACGGAGUAGUGCAUCGGGACAUCAAGCCGGGGAACAUAAUGAGGCAGGUUGGAGAGGACGGCAAGUCCGUCUACAAGCUGACAGACUUCGGAGCGGCGCGAGAGCUGGAAGACGACGAGAAGUUUGUGUCCAUUUAUGGAACUGAGGAAUAUCUGCACCCAGACAUGUAUGAACGCGCUGUGCUGCGCAAGCCUCAUCAGAAAUCCUACGGCGUGAGCGUAGACUUGUGGAGCAUCGGCGUGACCUUGUACCACUCCGCCACAGGGAGUCUCCCUUUCACACCUUUCGAAGGACCCCGUAAAAACAAACUCACCAUGUACAAGAUAACCACAGAGAAGCCCAUGGGAGCGAUAGCCGGCACGCAGCGGGUGGAAGGCGGUUCUAUAGAGUGGAGCUACCACUUACCUUACAGCUGCCAGCUUUCACAGGGUCUGAAAGCCCUUCUAGUUCCCGUCCUCGCAGGCAUAAUGGAGGCCGACCAAGGCAGGUGUUGGGGUUUUGACCAGUUCUUCACAGCCACUACAGACGUAUUGCAGCGGCAGCCCGUUUAUCUGUUCUCCCUGCAGCAGGCCAUGGCUCACAGUAUUUACGUCCAUCACUACAACACAGUGUCGGUGUUCUUUGAAGAGGUGGCAGCUCAGACUGGCAUCGGCAUCCCGCAGCAGCAGCUCAUGUACCUGGGCCAUGAUUUGGUCCUGGAGGGCGGCAUGAAGGUGGUGAACCUUCCCUGCACUUCAUCUUCCCAGCCUCUCAUUCUGCUCAGCAGCACGCCGGAGACCAACGCCAGCCUGCCCUUCAGAGAGCCGGAGACGCCUCCCUUUCCAUCCAAGUUUGACGUAGCGACAGAUUACAAUUUCUCCAAGGUAAUAGUGGGAAUAGUUCACCAGUACAAGAGAAUCGUACUGUUGCUUCACACAUACAGAGAGUUGCUGCUGCAGGGAUACUACAGCUACAUGAUGAAGUUGCGUCACGAGUGCACAGAGGCCAUGCACAGCAUUGCAAUAAUCACCAUUAGACUGCAGUCCUACCUCAGCGCGCAGCACAGGAUUCACAAACUAGCUUUAUAUUCGGCUGAAAAUCAAGGCUCCGUUGAUAACUCCAGUCAGAAGCUGCAGCUGGUUCAUCAGCAUCUGCCUAUUUAUUCUGCUGGCAUCCGAGAGUUUCAGACUCAGCUGGAGCACCUGCAGAUACAGCAGGCCAAGCUGGCGGAGACCCUCACUCAUGAUAAGGGCUGUCAGAAGAUGCAGAUGCUGCUGGAGAAGAUAACAGCAAUUCAUCAGCAGUAUCGCAAAGACAGACUCACAGGAAAACUUCUGUAUAACGAUGAGCAAAUACACAAGUUUGAGAAAAUCCACCUGUUGUCCCACAUUAAGCGGGUGAAAUCUCUCUUCAGAGAGGAAUGUGUGCAGAGGUAUAAAGAGCUCUUGGCCUCAACAAGGACGUGGAGCAGCAUUUUGCUGAACAUGCAGACUCGACUGCAGGACUUCACUUCUUUCUCUGCUGGCUUACUGGGAGACUUGGAUGUUAGCGAGCAGCAGCAGAGUAAAGCCAUGGACAGAAUCCUUAGCUCUUCUCAGUUUGGUAGAGCUGAACAGCAGCCUGAAGUCACACCCAGGGACAAAUCUCAGAUGGUCUUCAGGAUGCAUCAUCUGAGGGACGAAAUGGAGCUUCUGGUCAGAGAACUACAGUGUAACAACAGCAUCAUAGAGAGCCUCGGCGGAGUGAAUUCUUCAGCUGCUCUGGAGGCCGGUCCGACCAGACCGUCCACACUGUGACAUUGAUGUGCAAUCUUUUGGAAUUUUUUACCUCUCAAAUCCACAUGCAGCUUCUCCUGCAAUCACUGUCACUGAUGAACUGCGUGGUGGAGCUCCGAUCUAUGGAUGGCUGUCAUCAAUAUAAAAGGAAGCAGUCAGAGACGUUCAGUAGAAUGUGAAUCUCAAUUUAAGAUGGAGCACGAGGCUCAGAUGAAUGUUUUUAGGCGUUGUGUUUGUGCGAGUGUGUGUUUGCUGCCUGAGUAAAGCAGUUCAAUGCAAACCUCAUUGAUGCCUUUUGUGUUAUUGUAUUUUUAAUAGGCUGCCGUAGCGAUAGACUGUGGGCAUGAAACAAAACAAAUGCUCUGUCAGCAGCUGGAGUGUUUUAUUGGUUGCAUUUCCUGUUUUCCCUUCUGCCAGAGAAGCUCUCGAGAAUCCAAACAUUCUGCCUGCGAGUGCAUUUACAUCAAUUCUGGUAUUCUAGAGUUUAUGAUAAAAGGCACCGAUUUAAUCCAUGACAUUAUUUUUUCCAUGUCUUUGUUUUCAUAAUUGUAUUUAGUAAAUCCUGAUUUGUGAUCAUCAGUGUGCAGUAUUGAUUUUUUUUUUUUUACCGUUUUAUAAGUGGUUUGACAUUUAAAGUGAUUAGUUUUCAUAGGAAAUGCAUUAUUCUGGAAGAGGAAGUCCGUCGCUUACAGUAAAUCAACCAGGAAGUAGAAAUUAGAUGGAUACAGCGACUGCUUGGUCAUCUCUUAAAAUCCUAAUUGAAGCCUGAUUAAAAUUUGGGGUUUUGUAUGAAAUUGACAAGUUUUAAUUGUUCUAAUUGAAUAGCUCCAGGUAAUGUUAAUGCAAUGAUUGUGAAAACAAAUCUCAAUAUAAACUGUCUGAGUGAAUCACAGUAUUCAUGGCAACGUUGAUGGCCUAUUAAAAACAUUUUCAUGCCCCAUUACAAAAAUAAUGCUUAGUACACUUUACUGGGAUUUUGUGUGAUUCACCACUAAAGUAAAACGGGAUUCAGAAAAAAAGCAUACCAUAGAUCUGCUCUUAUAGUAAUAAAGAUUACUAUAUUCGAAUAUACAAUAUUUUAAAAUAUUGUAUAUUCGCUCCAUUUUGGUCUGGACAUGUUUAAGGGGUGUCAAUACUUUCAUCAGGACUGUAUCUGAAGUAAUGUUCCUGUUUGUGUUUUUUUUUUUUGUUACCAUGUGAUUUCCCUGAAAAGAGAGUAAACAUGGUCAGGGGAAACUCUACAAUGACCCUGCUGUGUCACCUCACUGACAGUACAUUAGGGUAACAUUAAAUAAUCACAGUAGCUGUAAUCAACACUGCAGGGGAAAUCCAGGGCAUUGUUGUUUGUGGUUGAAAAAGGGUUUUCUCAAAGAAAGGGUUUUCUCAAAGGAAAGGUUUUUAUAAGGUCAAAUGAACUUGAUCCUUUCGCACAUGCAAAAUUUAUUCCCACGUUUACUUUUUUUUUUUUUUAAUUCCUUGAGAUUGAACACCAGAUGUACGUUUCUCCAUUGUCAAACACGGCCUUCAUAAGAUCAAAUAAAUUGUAAGUUUAGCAUAAUUUCAAAGUUAUUACACCUUGGAUUACAGGAAAUGUAAUGUUUUCUCACUGUGUGUGAGUGGGCGUGUUUGAGAAAGCCCUCGUAGUUUCAGUUUAGUUUGAGAGGGGGAAGAAGCGGGGGUAAAUUCAGAUGCCUCUGUGGGUUUUUAGCCGCUCAUAUGACGCGCUUUUGGCACAGUGGAAAGUUUGAUGUCCUUUUCUAGCCCACACUAACAAGUGAGACAUUGUGUUGUUUUUCAUUCUGUUGAACAUCUUUCAGUAAAUACAGACGGCAAUCCUGCUCCA